UACUGCUUAAAUAGGAUGUAUUGGACGCUUAAUUAGGAGGCGUAGUUUAUUUAUCCUGUAACUCUUAAAAGUUUUCCCUGACUGUAUUAGUAGUAGUAUUUUGUGUGAGAUAACUGUGUAUUUUACAUUAAAUAAAUACCUACGGGAAGACCAUCAGAUAGUAUAAAUACUAAUGUAGGCGAUGGCCACCUAUAUAAGAGGAACGAUUGCAAUAAGCAAUAUGAAACUACAAAAAAAUUUUAGUAAAAUCUUUUUUAUGCAAUGGAGAGAUUACUGUUAUAACAAUCCAGAAGAUAAGUUUUGCUAGCUAGCUAGCUACUAGAUGGAUGUGCAUAUUUUACAUAGCUAGACGGGCAAAAUAUUGAGGGCUUGUGGCUCAGAUAUUGGGAGCCCUAGAGUAUUUAAUGCUCACUUAAGCUACGCAGAGUCACUUAAGGCCCACCCCUUUUCUGAUUUUUCCAAAAUGGUAGCUUAGCUGCGCAAUAGCGGUAUAAAAAGGACGGGCGAACCCGUGGAUUGUCCAUGGGCUAACGACUAGUAAGUUAAAAUAAAUGGAAGAAAUUGUGCAACAAAGUAGUUAUUGUAGUUUCUUCUUUUGUUUAAUUUCUUUUGUUUUGAAAGCAUGUCUCUUUCUACAGGGAGCAAAUUAACUUUUAAUGAAUCAAUAGCGAAAAUUAUUUUCGAUUUCGCCAUCUGAAUUUGUUAAAAUGCGAUAUAUUUUUGAUGCUUACGCCAUAAGUUUAAUGGUCUAAUCGCUACCUCAAUAAUCACUUUAUAUAUAUUUCGAGAUUUUAGCUUUUUAGGUUAUAAUGAUUUUUAAAAAUGAUGCUAUGCUCCCUUUUUCAUUCACGUAGCUGAAUAAACACGCAUCGCCAUAAUCGCUACCAUAUUUAAGUUUGUUUGGAACUGUAUCGCCGGUAGCCAAAUUGCGAAAACAUACCCGCUCUGAAGAAAGAAAAAUAUAUAAGUUACGCAAUAAAACUUUAAGUAAUCAUUCAAAACAACUGUUGUAAGAAUCAAACAAUGUGGUGGACGUAUGCGUUGCGAUUUUUGAAUUUUCUUUUACGUCCAGGAUAUGAUAUGAAAAAAUUAUAAUUUUAAGAUAGCAAAUUUUUAUUUAAUAAACGUUUUGAGAUUGCUAGUCCAUAAAAACUGAUCGCAAAUCGCGAUCCCUUAAUUCGAUUGUUGUUCUAUUUUCGCAAAAAUAUUUUGUUUGUGUGUUGCUAGUGCUUAUAUUUAGAAAAUUCCAUGAGAAGAACAAUGCAAUUAAACUGACGUCAGUGCAUUUUUAUUAAGAUUGGUGAGGACACUGCAUUGCAGUCGUAACCUUGAGGCCAAAUAACUUGGAGACAAGAUUGUGGUGUCAGACAUUUUUUACCACUUGGAUAACUAGGCACAACCUGGGACCAAAUUGGAAUAAACUAAUUAUACAGCCCUCAAAUUCCAGUAUAAAAAGCGUUAUAUUGUUUGUGUAAGCAGUAAGUUUCUGUCAACAAAAUCCAUACCAAAAAACAGUAUAGACCUUGUUUCAAUAUGAGUGACAGUGAUGAUAAUCAAGUUGUCGUGAAGGAACCAAAGAGACGUAAAAGAACAUUCCAAGAAGCUGUCAGUACUGAAGACGCUAAUGAAGAUCCACCCUCAAGCCGUUCACCAUCACCGGCUUUACCGUCUCGAUUAGACCGGAUUCCCUCACCAUCUUCAUAUGAGGUUGCGCCGGAAAGGCCGUGCCAAGAAGGUAGUCAAAUCGUGCGAAAAAACAACACCGGGGAAAAUGUAAGCGAAAGUGAGGCACAAGAGCGAAGUAGAUCAAGAAGUGUCGAAAAAAAGCGAAAAUCUCGAAGCCCGAAGCGUGAUAAAAAACGAUCGAUCAGUCGAAGCCCUGUAAGGAAUAGAAAAUCACGAAGUACAAGUCGUAGUCCCGUCAAGAGGAAAAGGUCACGAAGUCGAAGCCCCAGAAAGAGUAGGCGGUCUAAAAGUCCAGUUCGCCGAAAACGCUCUCGAAGUAGAACUCGCGAUCGUCGUCGUCGUCGUUCACGUAGCAACAGUCCUGAACGUCGUCGAAGAUCACGUAGUAAUAGCAGAGAACGUCGUCGCAAAUCUCGCAGUAGAAGCAGAGACAGGAGACGAAGUCGUAGCAGGAGUCGUGAACGAAGGCAACAUAGAAACGGAGGACGAUCACGAAGGAGCUACAGCCGUAGCCCAAGUCCACACUUUACCAGCAAGUGGGGAAUGAAGCGAACGCAUGGGUUAACUAGAGCAGUUUUACCAGCUAACCCAAGUGACAAAAAGUCAAAAGUAUUAUCGACACAAGAAGUUGAGGAGAAGGUUGCGCGUCAUAUGAGAACAGUAAAAGAAAAAGCAGAGGAAGAAGCAAAGCGAAUUAAUCUUCCUGGCUAUUUAAAUCCAGCCAUGGUGAAUGUGCAUCAGUUUAAACAAGUUCAAGACAAACGGAAGCUUUUAUGGAGCAAAACGAAAGAUAAGAAAGAGAGCGCUACUCAGUGGGCAGGAGCAUUCGAUGAUCAGGGUAAUGACGAAAAAUUCAAACGUUUUAUGGGUAUUCAGGGUGUCGAGGUCAAUGCAGAUGAUUCUCAAGUAUCAAAUAGCAAAAGAGUGUUGGAUGAACUUGAAAAAGAGUACGAAAAGUCACGUGCUUUUCAAAUGUCACGUGGCGCUGGUGGCUUAACUGGAAUUGGCUUGGGAUUUGGUUCAAUGCCUUCACAACCAUAGUUUUUCAAUUGUGUGUUGGAGAUUAGAAAAAACGUAGAAGUUGGUGGCCCGUGUUUUCAUGUUUCAAAGCGUGGGAUCCUUUUUAUUGCUGUUGCAAUCGAAUUUCGUGACAUGCGAAAGUAACAUUGUUUUCGCAAUGAGCGGACAAACGAACGUGUUCUUAUAACUGAAGAGUUUUAUACGUUUAUGUUUUAUAUAUAUAAAUGUUUCUUGUUAGUAUGUAAGGUCUUCAAUUUAGUUAAAAAAGAUGUUUAAUAAGAAAUA